AUGAGCCUCAACCCCAGGAAGACAGUCCUCUUGAUCUGCGACGUCCAAGAGCGGUUCCGAAGUGCCAUCUACGGUUUUGAGCCCCUUACAGCAAGUAUAUGCAAGCUGGUCAAAGCUUCCCAAGUACUCGGCAUUCCAAACUUCGUGACUGAGCAGAACCCCAGAGCUCUGGGCCCUACAGUCCAGGAAAUCACUAGUUUGCUGGACAAGUCACCUGAUCAAGAGCUCAAUCUGGGCCGUUUUUCGAAAACAAAGUUUUCGAUGAUUACCGACGAGAGUUGGGAAGAUGAUAUAGGGCUUCCAAGGUACAAAAACUUCAUCUUGACAGGCAUUGAGUCGCACAUCUGCAUCACACAAACGGCCUUGGAUGCACUGAAAAUCACAGGAGCAGAGAAUAUAUACAUACCAGUGGAUGCUGUGUCGUCGUGCAACAAAGAGGAGGUCCCGAUCGCACUAGACAAUCUUCGUCAACGAGGGGUUCAGAUCACGACCAGCGAAUCUCUCUUGUACAGGCUGUUGGGCGACGCCGACCACCCUCAGUUCAAGUAUAUCGCCAAGCUUGUGAAGGAGGAAAAGCAGAAUACGACCGAAGCGCUGCAGACUUUGGCGGCGGUCCUGUAG